CAGAGACGCAGAAUAAGAGAGCGAGAGAGACAGAGGCAGAGAGAGUGAGAGAAAACCCGUGAGCUGUCCACUCCAGCACAUCAAACUUGAACGUCCCAUCUGAGAGACCCUAGAAGACCCAUCACCCUUUCUUGCUCCUGCUAUGAUGAGAACAGUGCUGCUCCUUUCUGCCCUCCUGGUGUUACUGACCUGCUCCCGAUGUGCAGUGAUCACAGGGGCCUGUGAGAGGGAUGUGCAGUGCGGGUUGGGGACCUGCUGUGCGGUCAGCCUCUGGCUCCGAGGCCUGCGGAUGUGCACGCCACGCGGGAGGGAAGGUGACGAGUGCCACCCCUUCAGUCACAAGGUUCCUUUCUCUGGAAAAAGGCAACACCACACGUGUCCCUGUCUGCCUCAUUUGGUCUGCACCAGGUUUAUUGACAACAGAUACCGGUGUACUGACAACUUCAAAGACAUAGACUUUUAACGACAAGGAGAAAACAAGGAAGGAAAGAGAGGAAGGGAAGGAAGGGGGUCGCUGGGGAGGAGAUAUAUUUCUGUGCAUUAUGAUGAAAAACAAAAGAGCCCUGCAAACACAACGCAAACGCGCCUCUUUCCACUCAAACGUUCAGAUAGUGACACUACACUAGAGGCUUCUGGGAAAACCUCAGUCUGCACUGAUGUCUUUUCAUUUAGUUCACUGAUUCAUCUUACUUUUGAUGUGCUUGAUGUACAUUUGCAGUUUUUGUUAAUGUUUUAAGCUGCUCCCCAUUUAAGCAGUGAUACCAGAACUGUCUGGGUGAAGCAGAUUAAGACAGAAAAGCAUCUUCUGAAUGUUGAUUCUAGCAUGUACUGGAAUUACUCAGACACUAAGAGGUUCAUAUCACAGAGCAGUGCUUUAAGUAAUUGUUAUUCCAUGUGAGAUAUAUAGGGAGAAAAUUUUCUUACUCUUCAAGUCAUUUCUUUACCUUCUUUAGUACUACUUCUCAGCAGCACAGCCAAUGAAACAGCCCCUUCGAAACAUAAACGAUUGGUUUAUUCCAAUGGGAUUUCUUUUUAACCAAACAAAUCUGUAAAUGUCUUACACUCCACAACAGAUGCUGUUAUUUUUUUUUGCUAAUGGCAUUUUGUAUGUGGUAAAUGAUAAUGAGCAGUUAAACAGUAGGAGCUUUGGAUACCUGAUCAAGUCCAAAUUCUUAGUAGGCCUGAGCUGAGGUAAGUCAGGCAGCAGAAAUAUCCAGUUGGCAAGUAAAAUCGUUGGACUGCUGGAGCUCAGCACAUGUCAGACAGCAUAAAGACCCUCUGCAGUGUGAUAAAUCCAUCCUGUUGAAUCUGUACAAGGAGUCAGGUUGCAGCAUUGCUGGGAAAGAGGAAGAGAAAAACCUGUUAUAUAAAAUAAAUCUGUAUCUACUAUGAAAUUGCUAAGACUGCUAUUUUAUUUAUUGAUGGAAUCAGAUUAAAAAUGUUUAAAAAUUACUAUCAUCACAAUUGUAAGGAUGUUUGAAAAUAAAUUCUUGACCUGAAAUUUGUUGUAACAUCCAUAUAACUUUAUUAAAGUGCCAUAAAGGGCGCAUUCCUAUUUUUUUAAUGUCAUUGUGAUACAUACAGUAAGCACAGGACCAAGCAGAGUUUAAUUCCAUGCUAAAAAAAACAGAAAAAAGGAAAAAACAAAUUUCAGCAGUGUAACCCAAUUCAAGUAUCAAUUUGUAUUUAAAUUAUCUUCAAACCUUGGUAUAUAUUGGAAUAAUAUGUUAUUGUAGUUUCUGGAUAACUUUUGGCUGAAGGCAAAAUAGAGUUCCAUUUGUUUAUAUCGCCUUCAAUUAUUUUACUGUCUCUACUGUGGGAAACACCCCUGUGGCCCAUUCUUAAAUAAAUUAACUUUUAUCUAGGCUUGAUGAUGACCUGCCUCUCUUUGCACAAAUUUCUUUGUUGACC